GCGUGUGAGAGAAAUGCGGGCUAUCGACAGGUGCAAAGGACCUUUACCAACAGCGUCCUCAAAUUUUAUUGUGCUCUUAGCUGGAAGCAACGCGUGAAGAACUUUUCGAGAGGCAUCAAGAAUGGGAACGUACAAAGCAGAACUACGAGGCUCGGUUAAAAAGCUUGACCGAAGGGAACGCUACAGCGCAAAAGGUGGAGCAGCUGGAACAAAAACUGAACCGCGCAGUGGGACUUCUCAAGACCCUGAACAACGAGAAGCAGAGCCUUAAUGCAAAGAUCAAGAUCCUGGAAGAGGAGAAGACCGAGUUACAGGUAGCUGCAGACGCAGUAACAACGGCGGCAGCAGCAUCAGCAUCAGCAGCAGAAAUGGCAUCAGACGGACGGGCAUCUAACAAUGGUUUAAUUACGACAUGCGAACAAGGCGACAAAACCGCAGUAGAGCGAAUCCAUACUCUGGAAUCCGAGCUAAAGGCCGAGAAGGAGCAAAGCACAUUACUGGUACAAAAUCUCAAGGACCAACUCUCGGAGCUGAUGGAAAGCAACAUCAAGUUCAAGGAGAAGCUCGAGCAACAACGGACUGAGAGCGACAGUCAUGCGGAUCUUUCUAUUCAACUUGAGAUGACAAAAGAAGAGCUCGGGCAGGCAAAGGACGAAAUUGUACAGCUGAAAGAGACCAACGUCAAACUUUCGAGCCAGAGUAGGCCCGCACCACAAUCACCUACAGAACAACAGCCCUCCUCAGCUCUUGCUAGGGAAUAUUCAGACGCCAAAUCAACAAUUGCAAGGCUCGAAACCCGUCUCGCAAAGGAGUCCGAGCGCGCAACGGAGAUUCAUACUCUGAAGGCCACUCAGAAGGAAUUGCAAGAAACUAUUGUUGCAAUCCGCCAGGAGCUGGGCCAGUCUCAAUCAAAAUACUCGGAGGUCCAGGCGGAGCUCUUGAAAUCAAAGGAAAGCAAUGCUGAACUGGAGACGAAAGAGGCGUCCAUGGCGAAAUCGAUUGAGAAAUUGAGUUCUCAGCUGAACAUAAUGGAGACUGCCGAGGAGGAGGGCAAGAGGAAGCAGGUGGUGCAAUUCGAAGAAGAAAAACGGGAGCUUUUAGCCAGCCGAGACCAGUUGAACCAACAACUUCAGGAUCUUCAAAAGCAAUAUCAUGAUGAGCACAAGUCGGCCAGAGAGGCAGCUGAGGAAGGAAGCCAGACAAAGUUGCGGGAGCAGUAUGAGGAAGAAAGGAAAUCACUUAUCGCCAGCAACGACAGUUUACAACAGGAGCUCGAAGCACUAAAGAAGACAUAUAAUGAUAACCAUGCAGCAACGGAGAAGUCAUUAAAAGAGCGGGAGACACGGAUCCAGGACCUCGAAAAAACCGUGACCACUAAUGAGCAGACGCUGAGGACGCUCAAGGAGGACCUCCAAAAGACGAUCAGUGAGCGCAACCACUUCCAAUCCCAACAUAAGACACUCCUCGACCGGGUCUCCAACAUGAAGUCGACGCUUGGAACAAAGCUGCAGGCGGACAUGGAAAACAUCAACACACUUAGACAACAAAUCGAGCAGCUCACUGCGCAAAAUAAUAGCUAUCUCCACACUAUCAAACAGCUGGAAGAGGAACUCAUGGCAUCUCACGACCACUAUGAAAAGACCUCGCGUGAACUGGAGCAUCUGCGAAGACGUCUGGUCGAGAUUCAGGAGGAUGCCUCUGCAGAAGUGGUCGAGAAGGAGAACCUGAUUCAUGAAUUACAAUCGCGGUUGCAGCGCGAGGAACGUGAGCGUGAAGACUGGGAGACAAUGGCAUCGGAGCAAAGGGCGAGCAAAGACCAAGCGAUCGUGACCAUGAGGGCCAUGGAGCGCGAAAGGAAUGCAGCUCGUGCAGAGAAGGAAUUGUUGCGCCAGGAACUUGAUCGCGAGAUCGAGAGUUUGAACAAUCUGCAGACGGUCUUGGAGGAGUUCCAGUCAGCCAAGGAGUCAGAGAUCCAGUUCGCGCUCGAAAAUCUUCAGAGGAAGUUGAACGCAUCGAAUGCAUCGCUGGAAGAAUAUCAGACCCGCGCUCAAGUAGCAGAGGAGCAAUUGCGCCACCUUACGCUGGACGUGGAGAAGGCGCGACAGCUUGAGCAGGAGGUCAAGGAGAAGAACCAGUUGAUUGGAAAGCUCCGUCACGAGGCUGUAAUCCACAAGGGGCAUUUGACGGAGGCCAUGCGGCGACUGAAGGAGGAGAAUAGCCAAAACACGGUCGAUAUCCCGCUCAUCUCGAAUCUGUUCAUUAGCUUCUUGAACAUACCCCGGGGAGACCAGAAGCGGUUCGAGAUCCUUCAAUUGAUCUCGGGUGUCCUCAAAUUUACGGACGAGCAACGUGAGCAGGCGGGACUGAUCCGAAAAGCUAACAGCGGACUGGGCCCCAUGACGCCGACGACGUCUGGCUCUCGCUCGCCAUCGAUGGAGCAGAUGAGACAGCAUCCAGAACCUAAGGAGAGCUUUAUUGACAUGUGGGCAUCGUUCUUGAUCCGAGAGAGUAAUGCUAAUGCAACCAGCAAUAGUAAUAACAGUGCUGGUAACUCCAACUCUAGAAGCCCGUCAUGAGCACGGUCAUGUCCAUGCACAGACGCGACUCAAAUAAUAAUAAAAAAAAGGUACAAUCAAGGCUUGCC